UUAUAUAAUUUUAUCUUCUUCUUUAUCUCUUGGAAUGGUUCGGAAGGAGGUCUCAUGCUCAGAAUCGACUGCACCACCGGAGACCAAUAGCGAGAGAAAGAGAUAGAGAGGAGGAAGAUGGGGAGGGCGUUCGUGUAUGUGAUUCUUGGUGGAGGCGUUGCUGCUGGUUAUGCCGCCCUUGAAUUCUCCAACAGAGGAGUCUCUCAUGGUGAACUCUGCAUAAUCUCCGAGGAAUCGGUAGCACCUUAUGAGAGACCUGCUUUAAGUAAAGGGUAUUUACUUCCAGAAGCUCCAGCACGCCUUCCAGCAUUCCACACAUGUGUCGGUGCCAAUGAGGAACGGUUAACUCCAAAAUGGUACAAAGAACAUGGAAUUGAAUUAGUUCUUGGGACCCGAGUAAUAUCAGCUGAUGUUAGGCGUAGGACCUUGUUAACAGCAGCUGGAGAGACUAUCAGUUACAAGAUUCUCAUCGUCGCAACAGGUGCUCGGGCUUUGAAGCUAGAAGAAUUUGGAGUGAAUGGAUCGGAUGCAGAAAAUGUAUGUUAUCUACGAGACCUAACCGAUGCGAAUAGGCUUGUUGAUGUGAUGCGUUCUAGUUCGGGGGGUAAUGCUGUUGUGAUCGGUGGUGGCUACAUAGGAAUGGAGUGUGCUGCAUCUCUAGUGAUUAAUAAAAUUAAUGUAACAAUGGUUUUCCCUGAAGCACAGUGCAUGCCUCGUCUAUUUACCCCCAAGAUUGCAAGCUUUUAUGAAGAUUAUUACAAAUCUAAAGGAGUGGAGUUUGUCAAAGGAACUGCCUUGUCAUCUUUUGAUAUGGACGCUGACGGAAAGGUUGUUGCUGUCAACCUAAGAGAUGGAAAACGGCUCCUUGUGGACAUGGUUGUUGUCGGAAUAGGAAUCCGACCAAACACGAGCCUGUUUGAAGGCCAGCUGACCUUGGAAAAGGGUGGAAUCAAGGUAAACGAAAAGAUGCAGUCGAGUAAUAGUUCGGUCUAUGCAGUUGGAGAUGUAGCAGCAUUUCCAGUCAAGCUUUUCGGUGAGACCCGGAGACUCGAGCAUGUUGAUUCUGCCAGAAAAUGUGCUAGACAUGCUGUUGCUGCCAUUAUGGAGCCAGAAAAAUCUGGAGAGUUUGAUUAUGUACCAUUUUUCUACUCGAGAAUAUUCGCACUCUCGUGGCAGUUUUACGGGGACAAUGUCGGGGAGGUCGUACAUUUCGGGGAUUUCUCAGGGAACACGUUCGGGGCUUAUUGGGUAAACAAAGGUCACCUAGUUGGAUCUUUUCUUGAAGGUGGAACAAAAGAAGAGUAUGCAGCUAUAGCCAUGGUCACCAGUCUGAAACCUGCUAUUGAGGAUUUGGCCGAGUUGGAAAGCCGAGGGCUGAGCUAUGCCAUGGCAGUUAGUCGUAAACCACCUCCUCCAUCACAAAUCACCAAUGUUGGUGAUUCUGGUCCUUCCCUUGUUCUAGAAAAACCAGUGUAUCCAUGGCAUGCGACCGCUGGGGUUAUCCUAGCUGGAUCGAUUGCUGCAUUUGCAUAUUGGUAUGGGAGGAGACGUCGCCGAUGGUGAGAAGAGUCGCCGAUGGUACCGGGUGGUUUAGCAAAGCAUCAAGCAUGGGAGGUUUGAUGAUGUACCAAUUAUGUACUUGGUUAUCAUUCAUAACGGUGGGAAAUAUUGAAUGCUAUCAAACAUAUAUUCAAUUACAAAAAAGCUAUAUAUA